GAGAGUUGUAGAGAGGGAAAGUAGAGUGUAGAGAGAGAGAGAGAGAGAAAGAGAGCAGAGAUGUCAGGUUGGGACGAAGGAGCCGUGUACUACAGCGACCAAGCGCAGUUUCCCCGCGGCGGAGCUGGCGCCGGCGAUCCCGAAACCACUGCAACCCGCCACUCCGCCCUUCGCAAAUUCAAGGAGUUCAUCAGAGGAUUCGAGAGCGACAAAAAUGUGUUCCCCUACAGAGAAAGCCUGGUUCACAAUCCUACCUACCUUCGCGUCGACAUGGAAGAUCUCCACGCCUUCGAUGCCGACCUUCCUGCCAAGCUCCGAUCUUCUCCUGCGGAUUACCUCCCUCUGUUUGAAACUGCGGCGGCGGAGGUUUUGGUGAGUUUGAAGUCGAAGGUAGCCGGAGAGACGGGAGAGUUGGAGGAGCCGAUGACCGGGGAAGUGCAGAUUCUGUUGACUUCUAAGGAGGAUUCGGUGUCAAUGCGUUCACUUGGGGCUCAAUUUAUCUCGAAACUUGUAAAGAUAGCUGGGAUCACCAUUGCUGCUUCAAGGACCAAGGCGAAGGCAACUUAUGUGACUCUAUUGUGCAAGAAUUGUAAAAAUGUGAAGAUAGUUCCUUGUCGACCAGGUCUUGGAGGGGCAAUAGUCCCUCGUUCUUGUGACCAUAUCCCUCAGCCGGGAGAAGAGCCAUGCCCUAUCGAUCCUUGGAUAGUGGUUCCUGAUAAAAGCAAAUAUGUUGAUCAACAGACCCUGAAAUUGCAGGAGAAUCCUGAGGAUGUACCUACUGGGGAGCUUCCUAGAAACAUGCUUCUAUCAGUGGAUCGCCAUCUUGUCCAAACCAUUGUACCAGGCACAAGAUUGACUAUCAUGGGAAUUUACAGUAUUUAUCAGGCAGCCAAUUCUUCCACCUCCCAUAAAGGGGCAGUUGCAGUUAGACAGCCUUAUAUCAGAGUUGUAGGAAUAGAAGAAGCUAAUGAGGCCAACUCCCGAGGUCCAGCUGCCUUUACAUCAGAAGACAUGGAAGAAUUCAAAAAGUUUGCUUCAGAAGCGGAUGCUUACAAAAGAAUAUGCUCCAAGAUUGCUCCCUCUAUAUAUGGUCACGAGGAUGUGAAGAAAGCAGUGGCUUGCCUUUUAUUUGGAGGGUCAAGGAAGAAUUUACCAGAUGGUGUGAAAUUAAGAGGUGAUAUCAAUGUGCUGCUUUUGGGGGAUCCAUCCACUGCUAAAUCACAGUUUUUGAAGUUUGUUGAGAAGACUGCUCCAGUAGCUGUUUAUACAUCAGGGAAAGGCUCAUCAGCUGCUGGUCUUACAGCUUCGGUGAUUCGAGAUAGUAGCACUCGUGAAUUUUAUCUAGAAGGAGGAGCAAUGGUUUUGGCAGAUGGAGGUGUUGUCUGUAUUGAUGAGUUUGACAAAAUGAGGGCAGAGGACAGGGUUGCCAUUCAUGAAGCCAUGGAACAGCAAACCAUAUCCAUUGCCAAAGCGGGAAUAACAACUGUGCUUAAUUCUAGAACUUCUGUGCUUGCAGCUGCUAACCCACCAUCAGGACGUUAUGAUGAUCUUAAGACUGCUCAAGAUAACAUCGACUUGCAGACAACAAUUCUUUCAAGAUUUGACUUGAUUUUCAUUGUGAAAGAUAUCAGGAUGUACAGUCAGGAUAAGAUAAUAGCUAGCCAUAUCAUAAAAGUUCAUGCAUCUGCUGAUGCAACCUCUGGUGACACUAGAACUUCUAAAGAAGAGAACUGGCUGAAGAGGUAUAUACAGUAUUGUCGAACCGAAUGUCAUCCUCGCCUGUCAGAUUCUGCAUCCACAAUGUUGCAGAAUAAUUAUGUCAAAAUCAGACAGGAUAUGAGACAGCAAGCAAAUGAAACUGGGGAGGCAGCUGCCAUACCAAUUACUGUAAGACAACUAGAAGCUAUCGUAAGGUUAAGUGAGGCACUUGCAAAGAUGAGACUGUCCCAUGUAGCAACUGAGGAGAACGUUUUGGAAGCAAUAAGGCUUUUUAAUGUUUCCACAAUGGAUGCAGCGAGGUCUGGAAUAAAUGAACACAUGAAUCUUACUGCAGAAAUGGCAAAUGAGAUAAAGCAAGCUGAAACACAGAUAAAGAGAAGAAUGGGAAUUGGAAGCCACAUAUCGGAGAGACGGCUGAUUGAUGAUAUGACCAGGAUGGGAAUGAAUGAAUCUAUUGUAAGAAGAGCUCUGUUAAUUAUGCACCAGAGAGAUGAAGUUGAAUACAAGAGAGAAAGGCGCAUUAUUGUUCGAAAAUCUUAAUUUGAUUACAUAACAAAGGUUUACAGUCACUGAAUUUUGAUUUGUAAUGGUAAGGCAUCAAUUGCAGUAGUAGGCUCUGGUUGGGAUGGCAGCCUUGUAGAGUGAUUUAUACUCCUACAAGCUAACGAUCACCAAUAUGGGCUUAGUUUGACAACAACAGAAUGGUUGUAUUAAGAUAUUGUUUUUUACAAAAAUAUCUACCAUAUGGUGUUGAAUUAUUGA